UCCCCCUUUCCCCUUAUCUCUUUGCACCUUUUCUCCUUCCCGGAUCCAGCACACCUCCUCCAGCGUACCUUCUUUCUCCACUCCAGAUCCGGCGCACCUCCGAGCGAGCGGUGUGGCGGCGGCGGCGAGCGGCGAGGCGGUGAUGAUCGAGGCGGUGAGCGGCGGCGGCGGGAUCGCCAGGUGCCCCUUCGUCACGCUCUGCAUCGCCGACUCCGGGGACACCGUGGCAGCGCUCGGGGGCGCGCCCGUCUACGUCAACUUCGUCGGCAGCAACCACAUCGUGGUGGAGCCCGCGGCGGCGGGGGAGGACGACGAGAUCGAGGUGGUGAGCGGGUCCCCGCCAGAGGAGAUGUACGCACACUUCGCCAACAGGAGGAGCCCCGGGUCCAGGAGGAGGAGGCGGGGAAAGCACGGGAGGAGAGGAGGAGGAGGUCUGAUGGAGGCCGAGCACUUCGUGAGGAUUGCGGAUGCGGAGCCAACAUGGGCGCGGCCACUUCAGGGCCUCUGGAAGGUGCUUCCUCCUCUCUACGCAGAGCUUGCUCAAUUGUCAGUAGCGGAAUGUCCAGGCAGUGCUGUUCCUGUUGCAAAGUUUGAUUGUUCCGGUAUCACGCGUGUGGAGUGCUCGUGAUGUAGCUGGUGAGAACUGUACUUUUUCUCCGGCAUACAAAAUUUUUUUGGAUGUACUUUUUCUUCUUCCAUUUGAUAAAUUUCUCUCUGUCAAAAUUUUUCUCGUAAAAUUUUUUUUAUCUCACCAA